GGAGAUGGCCCCGGUGUUGCCCCUGGUGCUGCCCCUCCAGCCUCGCAUCCGUCUGGCACAGGGCCUCUGGCUCCUCUCCUGGCUGCUGGCGCUGGCCGGAGGCCUCGCCCUCCUCUGUAGCGGGCACCUCCUGGCCCAGCUGUGGCACCUCCACACCUUCUUGUCUCCCUCCUGCCCAUUUGCUGCCCUGCCCCACGUUGCCCUGGCAGCCGGUGCGGUGGCUCUGGGCACAGGGCUGGUGGGUGCGGGAGCCAGCAGGGCCAGCCUGGAUGCGGCCCAAUACCCUCCCUGGCGAAAGGUCCUGGGCCCACUGCUGGUGGUUGGCACUGCUGGGGGCGGGGGUCUUCUGGUCCUCGCCCUGGGGCUAGCCCUGGCUUUACCUGGGAGUCUGGACACCGGGCUGGAGGAGGGCCUGGGGACUGCCUUGGCUCACUACAAAGACACAGAGGUGCCCGGACACUGUCAUGCCAAACGGCUGUUGGAUGAGCUCCAGCUGAAGCACCACUGCUGCGGGCGCCACGGGUACAAGGACUGGUUUGGGAUCCAGUGGGUCAGCAGCCGUUACUUGGAUCCCAAUGACCAGGACGUGGUUGACCGGAUCCAGAGCAACGUGGAAGGCCUAUAUCUGAUCGAUAGUGUCCCUUUCUCCUGCUGCAACCCCCACUCGCCCAGACCUUGCCUGCAAAGCCGGCUCUCAGAGCCCCACGUCCACCCUCUCUUCGAUCCCCGUCAGCCCAACCUAAACCUCUGGGCCCAGGGAUGCCACAGGGUGCUGCUGGGGCACCUGCAGGGCUUGGCGAGCAUGCUGGGCAGCAUGCUGGCUGUCACCUUCCUGCUGCAGAUUCUGGUGCUCCUGGGCCUGCGGUACCUGCAGACGGCACUGGAGGGGCUUGGAGGAGUCAUCGACGGGGAGGGAGAGACCCAGGGCUAUCUCUUUCCCAGUGGGCUGAAGGACAUGCUGAAAACAGCGUGGCGACAGGGAGGGGUGGCUGACAGGCCGGCCCCGGAGGAGGCCCCACCAGAAGAGGCACCUCCUAAGGAGGGUCUACCUGAGGCCUAGUGGCCUGAAGCUUCGGGUGGGGACUGGGGGAGGGGGGAAGGGGAGGGAUGGACAAGACCGGAAACCUCACAACUCCUUACCAAGGCUCCAGGUCGGGGAGGGGGGGGUCCCUGGGAUUACAGGAGGGGUUAAGGAUAGUCACGGAGCUGGACUGGCGGCGGCAAGAAAACUCGGUGUCCAGGGCCUAGCCCUGUGGCCAAGAGCCACCGGGGAACAGAAGGCACCUAGGGUGACGGGAAGGUGAUGUGGGAAGGACUGGAGACUGGUCCUGGCACACAGACUCAAUAAAGCUUUUGGACUG